ACAAAGAAGGAAGAGAGGUAACGGAGAAGUGGAAAAAAGCGAGUGGGGUAAUGAUAAAUUGUUCACCUGAACCGCAUGCUCGCCGUUCACGAUACACUCGAACGGUAAGAAAGUAGUAGUAUUAGUAGUAGUAACCGGAGUUGGAGUCGAAGUAGCAGGGCGUACGUACGCUCGCUCAGUGUUUCGGUUGAGCUCGGUGCGAACGUUGCAACGUUCCUCGCCUGGAAGAGAGAUCCGGUGUCUCUCUUUUCCUUUUGCUCGCGUUCGCCGUACGACCGUAACUCGGUCGCAAGACUCGCGAUCAUCGCUCGCGGUUUUCCUAGCUCGAUCUAGGGCUUGCGAGCGUGAGAGAGAGCGCGCACGCGCUCGUUUUAAGAGCGGGUCUCAGUUGAAAAGCGAAGGAACCGAGAAAAUCGAGGAAACUGAGGCCGAUUACGAGGAGGCGACGACCAAGAGGUACGUGCUCGUGGUUAUUCGCCUGGAGAAAGGCGAGCCUCGUCGUUUGACCGCGUUACUUUGCGUACUCGGCGUAGAUCGAAACGUCUAUACCGUGUAACGAACCAGUAUCGUUCGUUCGUUGACGACGCAUCGCCAGUGGCACACUUGUCGCCUGGAAAGGAGAAUAGACUUUCUCCUUUUCGUCCACCUUUCAUCUCGUUCUCUCGCGGACGAGAUCGCGAUCGAUCAACGGGGACGACGACGACGGCGACGAGGACCACGAGGACGAAGGAGACGCGAGCGGUGAGAACGAGGUGCGACGUUGACAGAAAGAUUCGUGUUAGAAUAAGGAGAACGAGGACGGAUUGAGUGCAAAAAGGGCGAACGCGAAAAUCAACCGUUCGCAUCUCGACGGGGUAUAACGCGAGAUACCGCGGUAGAAGAUUCAAAAUCGAGGAUCGCGCGCGAGAGGAACAAGAUAAAUUCAAGGUGAUCCAGCGUCCAACAUGAGAGUUCAUCGGGGGAUUUGCGCGAAGCUCCAAGGUGGAUUCCUCAGACGAUGGUGGGCAGCGGUGGCCGUCGGUGCUUUGAUGAUCAUCAUCGCCGCGAUUCUGGCGGCAAUCUUCCCGAAAUUGAUGGACAUAAUACUGACUCGGGAGAUCGCGUUGCGGGAUGGAGGACGUACGUACAAGUGGUGGAAGGAACCGCCUGUGUCGCCCAGGUUGAGCGUGUACAUUUACAACGUGACGAACGCCGACGAGUUUUUGAACGACGGUGAGAAGCCGGAGCUGCAGGAGUUGGGACCGUACGUCUACACCCAGCAUUGGGAAAAAGUCGAGGUGAAAUUCAACGACAACGACACGAUCUCGUACAAAGUGAAGAAGCAAUUCAAGUUCUCACCGGAACUGUCCGUCGGAUCGGACGAUGAUCUGGUGGUGGUCCCGAACGUGCCGAUGCUCUCGGCGACUAGCCAAUCGAAGCACGCUGCGCGUUUCCUCAGGCUAGCGAUGGCCUCGAUCAUGGACAUACUCCGGAUAAAGCCGUUCGUCGAGGUAUCCAUCGGUCAGCUUCUUUGGGGCUACGAGGACCCGUUGCUCAAACUGGCGAAAGACGUCGUCCCGAAGGAGCAGAAGCUUCCCUACGAUCAGUUCGGCUUGCUGUACGGGAAGAACGGCACGACGCCGGACUGGUACACGAUAUUCACAGGGCAAGGGGACAUCGGCAAAUACGGUAUCUUGGACAAGUGGAAUGGGAAGGACAGCCUGGGUCACUGGACCGCCCCGGAAUGCGACAGUGUGGCUGGGAGCGACGGUAGUAUUUUCCCACCGCGUAUCACCAAGCAGACGGUGCUAAAAGUGUUCGACAAGGAUCUGUGCAGAGCUCUCCCUCUCGUCUUUAAGGAGGAAGUGAGCACCGCAGGCGGUGUCCCCGGCUACAGGUUCGUGCCUGCGAGCAACGCUUUCGCCUCUCCGAGUCGGCUGGAAUCGCAGCGAUGCUUCUGCCCGGCUGGUCCGCCCUGCGCUCCCGAAGGAACCUUUAACGUAUCUCUCUGCCAAUACGACUCACCUGUAUUGCUCAGCUUUCCACACUUUUACCUCGCGGAUCCCACGCUUCGGGAAGGAGUGAACGGCAUAUCGCCACCGGUCGAGGAUAAGCAUCAAUUCUACAUCGAUGUUCAACCGUUGAUGGGCACAGCAUUGAGAGCCAAAGCAAGGAUCCAGAUAAAUCUCGCGGUUAGCCAGGUUCGGGAUAUAAAACAGGUUGCCUCCUUCCCGGACAUCGUUUUCCCCAUAAUGUGGUUCGAAGACGGAAUCGACGAGCUUCCGGUAGAAAUGCGAAGCCUGAUGAAGAUGGCGGUGGAUUUGCCUCCCGUGGCUCGAGCAGCGGUGUCCGGGGCUUUGGGAGCUCUCGGAUUAAUCGUUCUGAUUGGGGCGCUACUCUGCCUGGCGCGCGCCGCUAAACGACAGGAGAAGCUCCACCUGAGCAGCCCGUUGCCACCGAACGCGACCACGGGUAAAACCGGCCAAUUAAAUCCGGCUUUUCAGAACUCGUCCAAGUAGGACCGACUGUCUCGAUAUAAUUGUUUGACCUCGAGAGCGCGAGAUCGCGCGUUCAUCCUCGCACAUCGCCUUGUCUUCAUUCCGGCCGUUUUUUAAUUUGCGAACAAUCGAGAGACCGAUAGACGACGCGUUUUUAUCAUCAUCGAGUGCUCAUCGUCGUUCUCCACGUGAUCGAAUCUUAGGAAUAGAAAGCGCGCGCGAACAAAAUCGCGGCAGAGGGAGGGGUAGGAGAUGGUCAAUUACAUUGCUCCGCACGUAACGGUAACAUUCACCGUUUACGAGGACUUUCACAUAUUUUUUAUUGGCUCUCUGCCUUUUGUACGAUGCGUACCGUUUGCCGACCGACUCGUCAAUGAGAUUCUACGCAGAACACGAUUCAACGGAUUCGUUUGCGACGUUCGUAUCCGUUAAACUUUGCAAACUGUAAGUCAGGAGGAGGCAAGGUAAAGCAAUAGGACAGAAAGUAAUGAUGGUGCAGGUGCGACAAAUGUAAUUUCAUUUCGCAAAACGUCGUCGAAAUCAGUGGCGGUUGACCAAAUCGAUAGGUAGACAUUCUCGUCUCUCGUGGCCGUCCAAGAAGAAAUUGUUCCGUCCAUGGCUGCACGCGCGUGCGAUAUUAGACGCGAGCUCACGAAUAGCCAGCAGACUUUAAUAGCCAGCGAUCGAGAUCUUAUUGUUAUACAUUUAUACCUUCGUUUUUAUCUAAUUAAUUGGAACACGCGUUAGCCUACGGUUAGAUUUAUAUAGUUAAAUUUAGUUCUUUUUAUACAUCUGAGUGUUCGAGAAAGAAACGAGAGUAUUGGGAGGAGGAGGAGCGAGAAGGAAGCAGCCAAAUAACUCUAAAAUCGGGUCCAUUCCAGAUAAUUUCAAACAACAUCGUGGAAACUGACAAUAAAAUUAUGUACAACAGAUAA